GGCUUUUCACUGGAAUUAUGUCUCCGUCAUUUACUCGGAUACAGAUUACGGUAACAAAGGAUUUGAGAAACUUCAAGAGCUGGCUCCUGAGGAAAUAUGUUUUUCUAGUCCGCAGAGUAUCAAUGUUGACCAUUUCACUGACGAAGACUACAACACUGUCAUUAAGAACCUCAUGCAUAAGACAAAUGCCAGAGUCGUGGUUCUGUUCGCUGAUAAACAGUUGGCAAAGAAUGUGAUGGCAGCAGCCAAACGGAAUAAGGAUGCCUUCAACCGUUUCGUUUGGAUCGGCAGCGAAGCCUGGGGUGGCCGCAAUUACGUCGUUGAAGGUCACGAAAAAGUGGUGGAGGGAGCCAUUACUGUUUCGUCCCUUCUAAGACCACUCACUGGAUUCGAUGAACAUUUCAAAUCACUUACUCCCGCAAACAAUGUAGAAAAUCCAUGGUUUCCUGAAUUCUGGGAAGAAUACUUCAAGUGCAAGCUUCCAGAUUUUGAUCAAACCCCCUAUAACAAACAGUUCAAAAAAUGGUGCUCCGAGCAGAGAAUCUCGGAGAGUAAUGGUUAUGUGCAAACACCAGCACUUCAUUUCGUCCGAGAUGCUGCGUACGCGUUCGCACAUGCGUUAUCUAGCAUUCGCAGCGCCAAAUGCAAAAAUGACGAGGGGCUCUGUGAUGAGAUGAUGACGAUUGAUGGACGAGAGCUCAAAGAACGCAUGGAAAAAGUGCACUUCAAAGAUGAAAGUGGAAAGUCUUUUCGUUUCUUACCGAGCGGAGAUGCUCCUCCAAGAUACAGUAUCAUCAACUUUCAAAAGAAAGGAGACUCUGAAGAAUAUGUCUGGAGGCCUGUAGGCACAUACGCAC